AUGAUGGACCAGCACAGAGCCACGGCAAGCAAUGACGACAAUCAUGAAAUAAUCUCACCUUCCACAAUAGACAAACAACAAAGCCGACUCUGGUUAGCACCUCUGUGGACUGUGAUUGCCAGCAUUCUCGGUGUGGCUCCACCCACACGGUCUCUCAUCCAAUCCACUUUUGGGACCAUUCCACUCCUCCAAUCCGCUCUGGCGCUUCUCAUGCUAUCCAUGGGUUUGACCAUUACUCCUCAAGACCUAACGGCAGCGACACGACAAUCCAACAUUGUCUUGCUCAAUAUGGUCGCGUGUUUUGGAAUGAUGCCCUUGUUGGCCGCCCUGUUGGCCAAAACAUUUCAGUUGACUCCGCCACAUGCCAUUGGAACCAUUUUGCUGGGAUGCGUCAGCGGAGGACAAGCAUCCAAUCUGUUUGCGCUCUUGGCCGGAGGGGAUGUCGCGCUCUCGGUAGUUUGCACCUUUAGCACCACCUUGGUGGGAGUGCUGGCGACGCCUCUUUGGAUUCAAUGUCUCUUGAAAACGACAGUCCCCAUUCACGCCACGGCCAUGUUGCGGUCCAUUGCCUCGUUGGUCUUGAUUCCGCUGACAAGUGGGUUGCUCCUGGGUUACUUUCUUUCGCCCAAACUCCUGCAUCCCAUUCGAAGACAAUGUCCCAACGUGGGAUUGGCAGCCACCAUGGUGCUGGUAGCGGGAGGUGCCUCCAAUGCAUCAUCGCUAGCGACAACGAUCGGUUAUUCCGCCGUGGCCAUGUCCUGUCUCCUCCCCGUGCUGGGAGGUGCCGUGACAUUGGGAAUGGCGCGUCUGUUGCGACUAUCGAACGAAGCAUCCGUGCGAACCUUGGUCAUUGAAGUGUUCUCGAAAUCUCCCACGUUGGCUCAUGUACUGGCGUUGCGACAUUUCGGAGGAGCGGCGGCGGCCAUUCCAGCCGUCGCCAUGGUCUCGUUGGCACUUUUGGGGGCUCUGGUGGCAGCCGUUUGGCAAUCUGUGGAUCCGCAAUGA